AUGAAAUGGGCUGUAGCAUCCCUCGAUGUGAAAAACAAGAGAUGUGAGGAUAAGUUUCAGGCUGCUGAAAAGCUACAAGUCAAGGGGUUACUUGAUUUGGCAGCUGAGAUCAUGGCCAGGAACAUUGAGGGUAAAACAGUGGAAGAGAUCCGUGAUAUGUUAGGCUUUGGGAAUGACUUCUCAUCAGAGGAAGAGUCAGAUCCUGCCAAGAAGAAGAAAUUAAGGAAGGCUCUGUUGGCAAACAAAUUUCGCUACUCAUCAUCGGAGGAGGAAUCCAGCGAUGAGUAG